ACAAACCCAAAUUUCCUUAAUCUCUCUCUCUCUAUCUAUCUAAGCCAUGGCUCUGCAACUCUGGGAGACCCUUGAAGAUGCGAUCACCGUCUACACGGGUCUCACUCCAGCAACUUUCUUCACAGGUCUCGCUUUGGGUCUCGCUAUCUACUAUGUUCUCUCCAGUCUGUUUGGUUCCUCUGGUAAUAAUCAACGUAAGAGUUCUAGGGAUUUGCAGGAGGAGAUGCAGCCUCUUCCCCCUCCUGUUCAGCUUGGUGAGGUCACUGAAGAGGAAUUGAAGGUCUACGAUGGUUCUGAUCCUAAAAGGCCUCUUCUCAUGGCGAUCAAGGGUCAGAUCUAUGAUGUCACGCAGAGCAGGAUGUUUUAUGGACCCGGUGGCCCUUAUGCUCUAUUUGCUGGAAAAGAUGCUAGCAGAGCUCUAGCAAAGAUGUCCUUUGAGGAGCAAGAUCUAACUGGAGAUAUCUCUGGUCUUGGUCCAUUUGAACUCGACGCGUUACAAGAUUGGGAAUACAAGUUCAUGACCAAGUAUGCGAAAGUUGGGUCUGUUAAAAAGACAGUACCAGUGACUGAUGGGACAUUGAGUGGGGAAGCUGUCGAGACAACUGACCGCGAUGUUGAUGAUAAGCCUACAGACAAUGGUCCAUCUGAAAAUGCAGCUACUGGAAUCACAGAAACCGAGUCUGCUGUUGAUGCCAACAAAGAAGAAUGAGGAAUGUUGUUAUCCCUACCGUAUGAAGAAGUGAAGACAGUAAUGUUUGGGUACUAGUGUUUGGUAAAUGUCGUUUCACAUAGAAUUUUUGUAAUAUUCAAUAAGGAAAUGGGCGUGUUUAACUUUUCGGAUUUGGAUGCAAUUAGUUAAAUAGUUAUUUAAGUGCAUUAGAGAUGCUGGUCUUGUUUUUUGUUUUUGGAAACAAAUACAAUGCAAUAGCUUUCGUAUUAUUUUGGAAAUUUGGCAGGAGUAGACAAACUCUUUCGAGAAAGUGUCCAGGUGUGACCUAGUCUUGAUUAAUGGAAUUAUUCUAUACCAAA